AAGAGUUCGCCCGGUGGCCGCGGCAGACGGAAGGCGAGGGAGAGCCUCGGCGGCAGCAGGAUGGGGGACUCCAAAGUGAAAGUGGCCGUGCGGAUCCGGCCCAUGAACCGGAGAGAAAUUGACUUGCAUACCAAAUGUGUGGUGGAUGUAGAUGCAAACAAGGUUAUACUUAGUCCUGUAAAUACUAAUCUUUCCAAAGGAGAUGCCCGAAGCCAGCCAAAGGUGUUUGCAUAUGAUCACUGUUUCUGGUCUAUGGAUGAAUCAGUCAGAGAAAAGUAUGCAGGUCAAGAUGAUGUUUUCAAGUGCCUUGGGGAGAAUAUCCUUCAGAAUGCUUUUGAUGGUUACAAUGCAUGUAUCUUUGCCUAUGGACAGACUGGAUCUGGAAAAUCUUACACCAUGAUGGGCACAGCUGACCAACCUGGAUUAAUUCCAAGACUUUGUAGUGGACUCUUUGAACGAACUCAGAAAGAGGAAAAUGAAGAGCAGAGUUUUAAAGUAGAAGUGUCCUAUAUGGAAAUUUAUAAUGAAAAAGUUAGAGACCUUCUUGAUCCCAAAGGAAGUCGUCAAACGUUAAAAGUCAGAGAGCACAAUGUUUUGGGACCCUAUGUUGAUGGACUUUCCAAACUGGCUGUCACAAGCUACAAGGAUAUUGAGUCUUUGAUGUCUGAAGGUAACAAGUCUCGCACAGUUGCUGCCACCAACAUGAAUGAGGAGAGUAGUCGAUCUCAUGCAGUCUUCAAAAUCACCCUUACACAUACUUUAUAUGAUGUGAAGUCUGGGACAUCUGGAGAGAAAGUGGGCAAACUGAGCUUGGUUGAUUUAGCUGGCAGUGAGCGAGCAACGAAAACCGGAGCUGCGGGGGACAGGUUGAAGGAGGGGAGCAACAUCAACAAGUCCCUCACAACCCUCGGUCUGGUUAUCUCAGCCCUAGCAGAUCAGAGUGCUGGCAAAAACAAGAAUAAAUUUGUUCCAUAUCGUGACUCAGUUCUCACUUGGCUGCUCAAAGACAGUCUUGGGGGUAACAGCAAGACAGCCAUGGUGGCCACCGUCAGUCCAGCAGCCGAUAACUAUGAUGAAACCCUUUCAACUCUGCGGUAUGCAGAUCGUGCCAAGAACAUCGUGAACCAUGCUGUGGUGAAUGAGGAUCCUAAUGCACGAAUUAUCCGGGAUCUCCGGGAGGAAGUAGAAAAGCUCCGAGAGCAGCUAACCAAAGCGGAGGCAAUGAAAUCUCCAGAACUGAAAGAUCGGCUAGAAGAAUCAGAGAAGCUAAUCCAGGAAAUGACUGUGACCUGGGAGGAGAAACUAAGGAAAACCGAGGAGAUUGCACAGGAGCGACAGAAACAGCUUGAGAGUCUUGGAAUAUCUCUUCAGUCUUCUGGGAUUAAAGUUGGGGAUGAUAAAUGCUUCCUUGUUAAUCUGAAUGCUGAUCCUGCUCUGAAUGAACUUCUGGUUUACUAUUUAAAGGAACAUACAUUGAUAGGUUCAGCAAAUUCCCAAGAUAUCCAGCUCUGUGGAAUGGGAAUUCUUCCUGAACAUUGUAUUAUAGACAUCACAGCAGAAGGCCAGGUGAUGCUGACUCCUCAGAAGAACACCAGAACAUUUGUAAAUGGCUCUUCCGUAUCUAGUCCUAUACAACUCCACCACGGGGACAGGAUAUUAUGGGGAAACAACCACUUCUUCAGACUGAAUUUGCCUAAAAAGAAAAAGAAAGCAGAUCGAGAGGAUGAGGAACAUGACACCUCCAUGAAGAAUGAUACCAGUUCUGAGCAGCUCGAUGUAGACGGAGACUCCUCCAGUGAGGUGUCCAGUGAAAUCAACUUCAAUUAUGAAUAUGCGCAAAUGGAGGUUACCAUGAAGGCUCUGGGUAGUAAUGAUCCAAUGCAGUCGAUACUGAACAGCCUAGAACAACAGCAUGAAGAAGAAAAACGAUCUGCAUUGGAGCGCCAGAGGCUUAUGUAUGAACAUGAAUUGGAGCAGCUACGAAGAAGGCUGUCUCCUGAGAAACAAAACUGUCGUAGUGGAGACAGGUUUUCUUUCCACUCACCCAGUGCUCAACAGCGAUUGAAACAGUGGGCCGAAGAGAGAGAAGCAACGCUGAAUAACAGCCUGAUGAGGCUGAGGGAACAAAUUGUGAAAGCCAAUCUGUUGGUGAGAGAAGCUAGUUACAUUGCAGAGGAACUGGAUAAAAGAACAGAGUAUAAAGUAACCCUGCAGAUUCCAACCUCCAGCCUCGAUGCCAACAGGAAGCGAGGCUCUCUUCUUAGUGAACCUGCAAUCCAGGUGAGAAGAAAAGGAAAAGGAAAACAGAUUUGGUCUCUAGAAAAACUGGACAACAGGCUGCUGGAUAUGAGAGACCUUUAUCAGGAGUGGAAAGAGUGUGAAGAAGAUACCCCGCUCAUACGGUCUUACUUCAAGCGUGCUGAUCCAUUCUAUGAUGAGCAGGAAAAUCACAGUCUCAUUGGGGUGGCGAAUGUUUUCCUCGAGUCCCUCUUCUAUGAUGUGAAGUUACAGUAUGCUGUUCCAAUUGUCAACCAGAAAGGAGAGGUGGCAGGUCGGCUGCAUGUCGAGGUGAUGCGAAUAAGUGGUGACAUUGGGGAAAGAAUUGCUGGAGGUGAUGACACCACAGAUCUCUCCUGUGAUAAGGAAACCCAGGAAAACAGACUUGUGUGCAUGGUUAAAAUACUCCAAGCCACUGGGUUGCCACAGCAUCUGUCCCACUUUGUGUUCUGCAAAUACAGCUUCUGGGAUCAGCAGGAGCCAGUAAUUGUCGCACCCGAAGUUGAUACCUCCUCCUCCUCUCCUGUUAGCAAGGAACCUCAGUGCAUGGUUGUCUUCGAUCAUUGCAGUGAGUUUUCUGUUAAUAUUACUGAAGACUUCAUUGAGCAUCUUUCAGAAGGGGCUUUGGCAAUUGAAGUAUAUGGCCAUAAGAUGAACGAUCCUCGGAAAAACCCAGCCCUGUGGGAUUUGGGGAUAAUCCAAGCAAAAACACGUAGUCUUCGGGACAGAUGGAGUGAAGUUACCAGAAAAGUAGAAUUCUGGGUCCAAAUCUUGGAACAGAACGAGAAUGGUGAAUACUGCCCUGUAGAAGUAAUUUCUGCAAAGGAUGUGCCAACAGGAGGAAUCUUUCAACUCCGGCAGGGACAGUCCCGGCGAGUCCAAGUGGAGGUGAAGUCUGUGCAGGAAUCUGGGACUUUACCACUGAUGGAAGAAUGUAUAUUGUCUGUUGGCAUUGGAUGUGUAAAAGUUAGAACGCUCAGAUCCCCCAAGACUCAUGAGACCUUUCAUGAGGAAGAGGAGGACAUGGACAGCUACCAGGAUCGGGAUUUAGAGAGACUACGUAGAAAAUGGCUAAAUGCAUUAACAAAACGUCAGGAGUACUUAGAUCAACAACUGCAGAAGCUUGUCAGUAAACAUGAUAAAACAGAGGAUGAUGCCGACCGUGAAGCUCAACUUCUAGAGAUGAGGCUGACUCUGACCGAGGAGCGGAAUGCAGUAAUGGUCCCCUCCGCUGGCAGUGGUAUUCCAGGGGCCCCAGCUGAAUGGACCCCAGUUCCUGGGAUGGAAACACACAUUCCUGUUAUAUUCCUUGACUUAAAUGCUGAUGAUUUCAGCUCCCAAGAUAAUCUUGAUGACCCAGAAGCUGGUGGAUGGGAUGCUACUCUCACCGGGGAAGAAGAGGAUGAAUUCUUUGAACUGCAGAUUGUAAGACAGCACGAUGGAGAGGUGAGAGCAGAAGCCUCUUGGGACUCUGCCGUGCACAGCUGUCCUCAGCUCAGUAAAGGCACCCCAGCGGAUGCGCGCGUGUAUCUGAUCGUGCGGGUGACAGUGCAGCUCAGCCAUCCGGCCGACAUGCAGCUGGUGUUACGGAAACGAAUUUGUGUCCAUGUUCAUGGCCGGCAGGGUUUUGCUCAGAGUCUCCUAAAAAAGAUGUCACAUCGAAGUUCUAUUCCUGGCUGUGGAGUGACUUUUGAAAUUGUCUCCAAUAUUCCAGAGGAUGCCCAGGGAGUAGAGGAACGAGAAACAUUAGCAAGAAUGGCGGCUAAUGUUGAAAACACGGCUUCUGCUGACUCAGAGGCUUAUAUUGAAAAAUACCUCAGAAGUGUGCUGGCUGUGGAGAACCUUCUCACUUUAGAUCGUCUCCGCCAGGAAGUUACAGUGAAGGAACAGUUGACAGGAAAGGGGAAGCUGAGUAGGAGGAGCGUUAGCUCUCCCAACGUGAACAGAUUGUCUGGCAGCCGACAAGAUCUUAUUCCAACCUACAGUCUAGGCAGCAAUAAGGGCCGGUGGGAGAGUCAACAGGAUGUAUCGCAAACUGCAGUUUCCAGAGGAGUAGCUCCAGUUGCCCCAUCCCUCCCUGACUGUCCCCCAAAUAACCAUUCUCCUGACCCAGGACUUAGUAGCCUCGCGGCCUCCUACUUGAAUCCAGUAAAAUCCUUUGUGCCACAGAUGCCAAAGCUCUUGAAGUCUCUUUUCCCUGUCCGCGAUGAGAAAAGGGGCAAACAGCCUUCUCCCCUCGCACAUCAGCCCGUGCCCCGAAUCAUGGUGCAGGCUGCCCUCGCGGAUGCUGGGACGACCAGAGCGGCGGAGGUGAAACCAAAUGCGGCCCCCGAUGUGACUGCGCACGCGGCCCCCGUGAAGCUCUACGACAGACCGACCAAGGCGCCUGCCCCGCAGGCGGCCGCUGCCGGCGCCCAGGCCCCCGAGGUGCAGGAGGGGCCGCCCAGCCCCCUGAGCGAGGCCUCUAGCGGCUACUUUUCCCACAGCGUGUCCUCCGCCACGCUGUCCGAUGCGUUCGUCCCUGGCCUGGACAGCGCGGCGACAGCGGGCGGGCAGACCCCCGGCUCGCCCCCGCCGGCCCUCUGCCAGGCCACCCUGGAGACUGAGUUCCCGCUUCCCCCAACCGCUCCCGCGGCAGACGGUGAGCUUCCCGCCCGCCGGCAAGGCCAGGGCAGCCUUCUGUCGCUGCCGGUCCCAGCAAAGCAGGAUGCGUGGGGCGACAGCGAUGGCGCAUGCGAGGCCAAGGAGCCGGUUUCCUCGGAGAAGGAAGACGCGAGCGCACCCCCGACUCCUCUCCCCGCUUGCGCCCCCCCGAAGGAAUCGCGCAGCCGGCAGGGCGGGGGCGAGGUUUCCCCCGCCACCACGCGGCUCCGAAGGCCCGAGGAGCGCGCGAAGCCGGCCGCGGGCUCAGAGCUGGUCGCCUCCACACCACAGGUGCCUCCCGACCUCCUGUCUCCGUCCCCUGCUCCUGCGUCUCCGUUCAGAAUCCAGAAGGUGCGGACCUCCGAGCUGAAGUCGUUCACGCGCAUGCUGGGCGGAGACCCCAGCUGCCCGGCGGCGGCCGAGGAGGACCUCCUGGCCUCGGGGGCGCUGGGUGUCGGCGGGGCGGGGGCACCUGCCCUGGGAAAAAUGGAAGUGUCCUCCGAUUCUGAAGAAGCCAGCGAAGUCCCAGAGUGGCUCAGAGAGGGAGAAUAUGUCACCGUGGGCACCAACAAAAUGGGCAUCGUGAGAUACAUCGGGCCCACCGACUUUCAGGAGGGGACGUGGAUCGGUGUGGAGCUGGACUUACCUUCAGGUAAGAAUGACGGCUCCAUCGGAGGGAAGCAGUACUUCAAGUGCAACCCCGGCUACGGGCUGCUGGUGAGGCCAGGCCGGGUGCGCAGAGCAGUGGGCGCAGGCCAGCGGCGCAGCGCGGGUCUCCGGCUGCAGGGCGCCCCCGAGCCCCGCAGGAGCAGCACCCUCUCCGGCUCCGCCACCAACCUGGCCUCCCUGACGGCGGCUCUGGCCAAGGUGGAGGGUGCCACAGCGCUGAGGGCCGACAGGAGCCAUAAGAACCCUGAGAACCGAAAAUCCUGGGCCAGCUAAACCAGUGCUGGAUGCUGCAGCCCCCCCUCCCCUCUCCGGGUCGCAUCCUCCCGGGCUGCCUGCCUGCUUCCCUCUGCUUCCCAGGCAGAGGCUGACAGAGAGGGGGUGGCCAGUGCCCCCUUCUGAGCCUUGCCAGUGACAGCGCGGGGGUGGGGAUGGGAACUGAGUGGGCAGGGACACCUUAAGUCCCCUUCCGUGGGGAACAUGGCGAGGCAUCCUUUCUGCACAACACAGGGCUGCUGACCUCUCCCUGCUCCUCCUGGGACUCUGGAAGCUUCAUUUCUUCCUCUGCGCAGAGAAUGGGGAGGCAUCUCAGCAAGGUAGAGGGUGGAAGGUUCUGGGAGCUGAGAGCAGUCCUGGAUUGUGGGAGCGAGGCUCCUGCCCAUCCCCGUGCCUGGGGAUCCCCCCCCUGGGGGGUGCUGUUGUUCCUUUUUUUGGUUCUGAUGACCCCAUUAACUUCUUAACCAUCUCAGUGCCUUUCUUUCCCGCAGAGGGGGGGCAUCCUCCCUGUGCCUCCAGAGCCGGCGCCUCGGCCGACCUGUGCUGGUCCUGGCUUGCUCCCUAGGCUCACUGCAUCCCUCCGGCCCCCAGAGUCCCUGCACCAAGUAACAAGCUCCCGUAAGUGCCUCUGGCUAGCCUCCUGGGGUUUCUGGCACUGGGUCCAGGGCGCCCUAGCAAGGGGCACUGGGCCUGGCCCCUCCUGCCUUUCCCUCUUCCUUUCCACAGGGUUUCUUAGGGCUUUCUUUGUGGGUGUGUUAGUGUCUUUAAUACCUGCAAAGUGUUUUCUCUUUGUCAUUUAUUCCCUUAACAGAGUGCUUAGAAUAUAUUUAUUUAUAUUUAUUUUUUCAAAAUCUGAAGUCAUUCGCGAGCCACAAUCAUCUGCCCAGGCAUGAGUGCCCGGGGCUUGCCUCGCACAUCGCUAGCCUCUGAGGUCACUCAGGGGCUGCCAGCCUCCGGCUUCGGGUGGAGGUUCCCAGAGGGGCCAGAGGAUGAUGCCCCUCCUUAUGUCGUUAUUGACACAGAUACACAAGUGGCCUUACUCUAAGGUGACAGUGACAACUUGGAGAAUUAUGUUAUUGUGCUUCUGCAGUGACGAAGUCAGAGGCAUCAUGACCUUACCUGGUGCAAUUUUGGUUUCUUGGAAGGACCUUAGACUAGUUUAACUUCUUGGCUAUUCUCUACCCUGACUCCCUGACCGAGCCUGGGUGACUGUGGCCUAGCAGAGCUCCCCACUGUCCCUGUGGCUGGCCCUUUGCCAAGCCACAGACGCGGCCCGGACAGCAUGAGACCUCCAAGAGCAUUGCCCACCUCCUGUCAGGAUACCUCUGGGCCUGGAGCCCUUUCCUGCUGGGCUCACUGGGACGGGGUCUGUGGAAGCAGGCAGAGGGCUGGUGCCUUGCAGGCCGUGGUGGUGCGUGGCCCGGCGGGAGGAAGUGCUGGGUGGGCAGCAGGGCGGGCAGGGCCGAUGGGGCCCCUCCAUGGCAGCAGUAGCCCAGUGACCACCUGCCGUGCGCAUCCUCACGAGCUGGCCGCAGGAGCCGAGGGGACACGGUGGCCCCUCCGAGACAGAGCCCAGGGUCAGGAUUUGUGUGCAGCCGUCUUGGAGGCCCGUUUUUAGCUCUCACGUUUAGACCCUAAAAACAAUGCCCAGAAAGCCCUUUUUUGCAAAAUCUCAUUCUCUAGGGAUUUGAAGCCCCUCCUGAGAAGUAACACCAGGUUCCCUGCCCCUGGGUGGGGAUGGGUGGGGCCCGCGGGCAGCUGGGAAAGCAGAGCCCCGUGGGCACCCCGAGGUGUUGCGGCUGCUGCACGCCGCGUCCCCCCCGGGGAGGAGCCCGAGAUUAAUUAGCUUCCAUUAAUUACACGUGGCGGUGCCCGCCAGCCGCUCCGGCCCAGCUCCCUAUCAGCCCGCUGUGUGCCAGCGCGGUUUAACCUCCGCCUGGGAGGGGGUGGGCCACACUCGGCGGACAACGCGGGCCUCCCGAGGACAGAGGACAGGGCCCGGAGCGGACGAGCACACCCCUGGCGUAGCCUUAGCCCCGCAGAUGUUCAUAGUUUCAGGGCUGGACGGGAUCUUCUCACAGGGAACAGGCUGAAGCCAAGGAGAGGUCGGUGCUUCUUUCCCGCUUGUAGAAGUUUGGGCGUCCGACUGCCCGCCAGGCGCUCUCUGCUGUCCCCGGAAGCACCGGGCACCCUCUGCUCAGCGCCGAAGCUGCCCUCCCCCCCCCCCCCCGGCGGCCCCUGCGUCCCGUCCUCGGCCGCACAGCUCCGUUGGCCCCGGGAGGGCGGUGUCUCUGUUCCUCCGGCCGUGGCGGCCACGGGGGCACCGCGGGGGCUCCUGCCCGGCGCCCCACGUGUGAGGGGACCCGGCCCAGGGGCGGGGCAACCGCACCCGCGUGCUGCCUGUCUUCGUGCUGUGCGUUCUGCGCCGGACCUGGAGCACCUGAGCGGAGCGCCGGGCGGGACAGCUCUGUUGCCCCCCGGGUGGGCAGGUCGUCGUUCUUCGUGGGAGGAAGGUGCUGCGGGGGCUGCUUGCCGGGGUUUCCUGCCAGUGGAGCGUGCUUUGGGCCCCGCCCCGUAGCGUGCGAGAGAGGACAGGGCCGCCCCGUCGGUGUUCGGGGGGGGCGGGGCGGCUAUCACUGUGGCUGGCCGGUCACCAGUGCCCGGAGAGGCGGGUGUGGCUCUCCUGCCCCAGCUGCGGCCCCGCGGGCACCCUGGCAGCCACGAGGGCUGUGCCGGGUCCUCGCAGGGACAGGGUUUGCCGUCCUGAGCCUCCCGUCUUCGUGCUCCGCCACCUGCACGUCCCUUCCAGGCCCGUGUGUCGCCGGAUCACUCAGGGUGCAGGCGUCACUCCGUUGUAGUCCGCUGUCUUCCCAGGCAGCACCCCUCCUUGGUGGGGCGGGGUGAGCAGUGCCAGUCGGAAGGAGGCCCGCCCUGCACUGGUCUCCGGCCUUCCCUCUGGCUUCUCGGUGCAGACUCCUGGUAACUCGUUGCUGGGAAAGCAGUGGCACGAAGUAGACGUGGUCACUAAAGCCGUAGCCCAGGCAGUCCCCACAACCCAGCAUUUACUGGGCCAGACGUGGCGUCUUGCGGGUCGUGUGACCGUGGGAGACAGAGGGAAGCACCCCAUCUCCCCUGUCUUCUGUUCCCACCUUACUGAUAGGCCUGAUGGUAAAUGGCGUGUCAGCGCUAGGGUGCGGGAUGUGGUGCCGGCAGCUCCCGGCUCUGGGAUCCGGGGUGACAGCAAGAGGGCUGCCUGCACGCACGUGCCGCACGAGGACGUGGCAGAGGCCAGGCGGGGGCCGCAGGGGGGGCAGCUGUCCGGAAUCCCAGCCUGGCCGGAGGGCGCGGGAGCAGGAGAAGGCACGGCCCGCGCGUGGGGCCGGGCUCAGCCGUGAAGGGCCUCGUGUGUUUGCGGAGAGCUUGGCGCUUCCGUUGAGCUGUGAAUGGGACCCUUGAAGAGUUUGAAUGGCUUUAGGCGUUUCCAUCCCCCAUUACUUCCCUUUUCUCCCCUUGGCUUACUGUUCCCUGUAUGUGAGACCCCCAAGAAGUUCCAGGGUAUUUAUUUUCCUGGCGAAGACCAGCCCCACUUGCCUGAGGUCUGCCUGGAGGCCUGCGUCUUGGACAGGGAGUGCCCGAGGAGGCGGCCACCAGUUUGUUGUGCCUUACCCUGGGGACGGUGAGUGCAGCCUGUCUUUUAUGCCCAAGACGCUGGCUCGAUGAUCUCCACACGCCUCUCUCUCUCCGAGAAGUCCGACGUGCCUUCAGCCGGGCUGCUGACACUAAUUUUGUGGGGGGUCUUGGAACAUCUCCAUGUGCAGAGUUGUGUGAAUACGAUUGGUUCACGUAUAAAGAAGUGAUUUUGAUUGAGGGACUAUAUUGAUUUGCUGCACAUGAAAUGGGAGUUAAAAAAUCCAAAGACUCUGUAAUGAAUUGUAAAGACUGAAUGAUUUGUAUUAUAUAAUGAACUAAACCUCUGUAAUUUUGUACCAUAUAUGCCUUUCUGUCGUAUGACCAGCGGCCUCUAAAUAAAACCAGGUGAUU